AUGGAAGUCGUGGUAUUAAGGGUUGAAGAUCCAAGUUGCUUUUGGAUCGCUGUGAAAGACGAUGUGCCAGGCGUAGUCAGUGAAACUGUGUAUGAAAACCUGAAUGCUGAAAUGAAACAGUUUUAUAACAGUUACAGAGAUGCAGAUGCAAUAAAACAAGUGGAGAUAGAAAAAGGCCAGGUUUAUGUGGUUUUCAGUGAGGAACUCAAGUGCUGGUGUAGGGCACUGGUUGAGUCAGUGUGGUGCCAGGCGGAUGGUUACCAGCUCGGAUGUUUCCUUGUGGAUUAUGCCAAGUACUGUUCCGUUGCAUCAGAGAAUGUUCGAGUUUUAGUAGAAGCACUUGCAAAGAUCCCACAUAGAGCAAAGAAGUGUCGGUUGCACUGCACAAAGCCACUGACACUGCAUAUUGACUACUGUGAAAACACUGCCAAAAUAGGACCAGCCAAAAAAUGGGAUACUGCUGCUAUCCAGCAUUUUCGAAAACUUCUUGAUGAGGCUACCGAGGUUAAAGCCACAAUACAGGCGGUAGAAGAUGAAGUGUUAGAGGUAUUUCUUUUUGUGACUAUAGGAGAUGAAAAGAUAUGUAUUAAUGAUGAUCUGGUUGCAAAGCACUUUGCUCAUUACAAGGAAGGUGAAGGGACUGCAGAGAGUUCUACGGAUGAUUCUGACAAUGAAGUGUCGUUAAAUGCUGAGUGUGUUCCAGUGGAGUUUGUUGGUCCAACAUUUCUUGCCAGGCCGAAACUGCCCUUUGGGGACACGAUGUCACCACAUCUUGAGCCAGGUCUUGCUAGUUGUAAUUCUGUUCUUGAAAAGACAUCCCAAAGGUCACACACGGUUCUAAAUGACAAUACUGUCCCUGUGGUCAGCAUGGUUCCAGAUGUACCUUCCAAAGAAGAUAAAGCAGUUCAAACAGAGAGGCUUCCACAGUUCUUAAAUUCCAAUUCCCUCCAGACACACACAGUUGAAGAUGACCAGCAGAGUUUUCAAAACGUUGGGAAAGAAAAAAACUUUGUGUUCUUGAGCAAGAAAAUUGAGCCAUCAUCAGUUUUGGAAACAGCACCACUUUUUGAUGGUCUGAAAAAGGAACUUGCUUCAAACAAGCUUUCAACCUGUACCUUCACUGAGUCCUACUGUUGGCCACCAUUAGCUUGGGGAUUUGAUGUUGUUGUCAUCUCCCAUCAGGGACAUGAUCCCUUAUUAUAUAUUCCACCAGUUCUUACACUUCUGCAGUUGGAAAGUGACUACCAAGCCUUGCCAAACAUGAGUGGACCACUAGCAUUGAUUUUAUGUCCUGGAUGGAAGAAGGCACAACUUGUUUUUGACCUGCUGAAAACAUACGGGAAAGGCUGCAGAUGCCUUCAUCCAAUGCUGAUAAUCCUUGGGCAGAACAAGGAUGCAGCCAGACAAGUGGAAAUCCGAGGCUGUGAAGUAGUAGUGACUACACCGUACAACCUCCUGAGACUGCUGGAACAUAACACUGGGUUAUUGUGUAGGCUUUGCCAUCUUGUUCUUGAUGAGAUUGAGGUGCUGGUCUCUGACACUACUGAACAGGUGUUUACUAUACUGGAUUGUUACAAGAAAGCCACUGCUCAGGCACAAGGGAAUCUACCACAUCAGAUCAUUGCUGUGGGAACUCAGUGGAAUAAGCACAUCACACUCUUGAUAAAGGAGUUCAUGCAUGAUCCUCACAUUGUGAUAACAGUUAUAGAAGAAGCUGCCAUCUUUGGAAAUGUGCAACAGGUGGUGCAACCCUGCAUGAACAGCAACAGAACUGCUGAGUUACUCAAAAUCCUGGAUUUUACCCAGAGGAAUCUUCAAAAAGUGCUGGUAUUCAGUGACUCAGUAGCUGAAGUAGAGAUGAUUCAUAAGGUACUGAAGAGCAACUCAGUAGUUUCCUUGAAAAAGCAUAAAGACAGCAAGUGUAAUGCUGCGUGUGUCUUGGAGAGGUGGAGAAAAAUGCACAGUUCUGGCACUCAGGCUGUGUUAGUUUUAACAGAUGGCUGCCUGCAGUCCUUGGGAAUCACAGAUGCAACUUGUGUGAUCCAUUUCAGUUUCCCAUCUCCAGGAGUUUUUGGGCAGCGCCUGCGAAGCAUGAGUGACAACUUCUGCUCUGGGAUAAAGGAUUCUGCUGUAGAUCAGGAACAUAUGAAAGCCAAGUCAGUCAUUCUGCUGACAGAGAAUAGUUCCUGUCAUGCACCUGGGAUUCUCCGCUAUUUAAAGCAUGCAGAAGCUGAAAUUCCAGAAGAACUCUAUGACUUGACUGCCAGGGUGCUGGAAUCUGAGGAAAAUGAGAAAUUUUCAAGGCCCCUGUGUGCCUCUCUUAAAACAUUUGGGAUCUGCAGGAACAGAACAGAGUGUCCAGAUCGUCAUCAAAUUAAUUUAUCAAUAGACAUGGCCCAAAAUAUUGCAGAUGAAAUGAUAGAAACACCUGAACGUGUGACAAUCCUGCCUCUCUUCAUUGUACAUGCUACAAACUACUUUGGUCGAAUAGUCAAGAAACAAAAGGACCAAUAUACAGUUCUUGCUAAAGAAAUAAAUGAUUACUUCAAGCUACCACGACAUAGGAUUUCUGCUAGCUCUGUGGAGAAGUCAGUGUUUUAUGGGUUAUGUGAGGGAGCCAUUUGCCACAGGGUUCAGGUGGUAGAGAUUCCAGCAAAAGAUGAAGAAAAUGUCUGUAAGGUCACAAUUAAAUAUAUAGAUGAAGGCAGGACAAGUCAAGUGAAUAGUGAUCAGCUGCUUCACUUACCUGCAAAGUUUCAGAAUCUGCCACCUCAGGCUGUGGAAAUUGUAGUUUGUAGAGUAAAACCCAUAGAUAAUGAAGUUGAAUGGAAUCCAAAGGUGACUGAUCACAUUAAUCACAAAAUAAAAGGAAAACUUCAUCAUGCGAAAGUGAUGCAUACCUUGGGAAAGACAGUUUGGGUUGACCCAAUGGUUGGGGUUACCAAUCUUCCUACAAUGAAGAUGUGGAUAAAUGAGUACAACAUUCGAUCUGAGAUUUUGUCGACGGGUUUGGGAACCGACAAUCCUGAACAUAUAGAAGAAAUUCAGAAAUUGUGCAGACAGAUACCAGUUUUGGAUCAUGCAGAGAGCUUGGAAUAUUUACGCACCAAGCCUGAGACUGCUGUUGAAAAAUUUGGAACUUCAGUACAGGCUUUGUUAGUAAGAAGCACAAAAGAGGACACAGCUGGUCUAGAGGAGGCAUCUAGUCCACAGGAGACAUCGAUACAGGAAAAUCCUGCUGAAAGCACUAACAGUUCUGUGACUCCUCCAAGCAAUAAUGUUGUUCAAACAAAAGAAGCAGAAGACUCUACUGUGCAUCAGCAGAAAGGCUAUCAUCCACAAAUCAAGUGGUUUCAAGAUAAUGUGACUGUGACACUGAAGGUACAAAUACUGAGGGCAGCUGACAGUAAAUGUGAGUUCUCUAGAGAGAAGGUGGCUUUCAGUGCUUAUUCAGAAGGCAAACUUUAUGUGGCUGACCUGGAGCUGUAUGAGUCAGUAAUUGCAGAGAAGUCCACAUGUGUGAUUAAGGAUACAGAGGCUGUGAUUUUACUGGUAAAAGAGAAAAAAGGAAUGUGGUGCAAAUUACUGAAGAACAAGAAUGUUCACGUGUCCUUAGAUUUUGAACAUUGGGAAGAGUCUGAAGAUGGAAGGCCUUUUACAGUUGGUUCUGCACAACCUGGAAGCUACCCUCCUGCAGGAUCUGAGGACUGGUUUGAGUCCUCAGAAGACAGCGAUACAGAAAGUGAUGAAUAAUUGGGAAGU